AUAAAUCGUAUGUAAAAAGUAUUAUGAGAGCCUGAGAGAAUGAAGUCGAGCGCUUUGCUAUGUUCUCUUCUCCUACUUGAAAUUGCUGUGAUUACCUUAUGUCAAGAAAAAUCAGGUAUAUUACUGGCUCAAGAAAAACCAGAUAUAUUACUGGCUCAAGAAAAAUCAGUUUGUGAUGAAAAGCUCGAAAAUGCCAAUCUCGACGACGAAGAUAGAAGAUUCAUUACUGACUACCACAAUGAAAAAAGAGCGGCAAUCGCAAGUGGUGAUGUUGAUUACAUCGAUGACCUUCGCGGAGUAAAGAAUAUGUACAAACUGAAAUAUGAUUGCAACAUGGAAAAGAAAGUGCAGGAGGCUCUAGCCAUGCCUAAUCCGCGAAUUACAUUCAGCAACGGCUAUGGGCAGAAUAUGGCAAAAUUUUCCAAUGAGGCGAUGAAGAAUGUUCCGAGGAAACAACAACUAAGGAUUGCACUAGAGUCUUGGUACAAUCCUAUACUAUACUAUGGGAUCGGAAAUUCUGAUGGUGUAUAUCAUGAUGGACGUCUUUACACCUUUGCCAAUAUGAUUUAUGCAAAAACCUUACGAAUUGGAUGUGGUUACUCAAAAAUCAAAGAUGAUAUAUACAUAUCUUGCGUCUAUAACCUUAUAGGAAGUUAUGAGAACAGCGCAUUGUACGAAAGAGGAAGGAAGUGCAAAAAGCACGCUGACUGCACUACUUAUGCUGGUUCAAAAUGCAUCAUGGAUACGGGAUUAUGUAAUUUUAUCGGGAGAGCUCCGGUGCCAGGAGAGGGAGAAAACACAAUGUGCAGGGGCAACAAAGGAAUGAGCGAUCACACCAGACAGAAAGUUUUGGAGGAACACAAUAUAAGAAGGUCAUUGCUCGCAACAGGUCAAGUGGUGAAUGGUCCUACCAAAGAGAAGCUAGCCACUUCGGCAUUCAUGCCCAAAAUGAUUUACGAUUGUAAAGCAGAAGCAGAAGCCAUAAGUUAUUCGAAAACCUGUUCGCUCACAAAAUCAGAAGAAGAAACAAGACUCGGAUUAGGAGAAAAUAUCUUCAUUUAUCCCAUUCCCAAUGUCGACCCAGUCAUUGCAUUCAAAGCUGCAACGGAGAGCUGGUGGUCUCAAAUCGAUGUUGGCAGCAUAAACAAAAAUUUAAUUUAUGAUGCACCUACCGAACAUAGCCUCGUAGAUGUCAAGGCUUUCACACAGAUGGCAUGGGCGAAAAGUGCUAGGCUCGGAUGCGCUACACGAACUUGCUACACAUCUACAUUUGUUGUUUGCCGUUAUUCUCCUGCGGGCAAUGUGCCUAAUGGAACGAUCUAUACAAGUGGUGCAGUGUGCUCACAGUGCACGCCAGCCUGUAAUGCAACUGAAGGACUUUGCAACCUAUACUAGUUGUUGAUGUGAACAUAAAAAUGAAGUCCGAGAAACAACUAGCCUGACUGCAGAAUUUUGCACGCAUCCUUCGUGAAUAAACACAUUUUGAACAAC